UCCUGUAGGAUGAAGAAACACGUAAAGAUUAUGACUACAUGUUGGAUCAUCCGGAAGAAUAUUACAGGCAUUAUUAUCACUACUACAGCAGGAGAUUGGCACCUAAAGUGGAUGUCAGAAUAGUGAUUCUAGUUACGGUGUGUGCCAUCUCUGUGUUUCAGUUCUUCAGCUGGUGGAGUAGUUACAAUGAAGCGAUCAACUACCUAUCUACAGUGCCAAAAUACCGCAUACAAGCUACUGAGAUUGCCAGGCAACAAGGUUUACUCAACAAGACAAAAGAAAAAGGCAAGAACAGGAGGUCUAAAGAAGAAAUUCGUGAAGAAGAGGAAGAGAUCAUCAAAGACAUUAUUAAAAAUAAAAUAGAUAUAAAAGGCGGUUAUCAGAAGCCCAAGAUAUAUGAUAUCCUUCUAUUUCAGAUCCUUCUCGCUCCUUUUUACUUGUGCAAAUACAUAGUUUGGUACUGCUGGUGGAUUUACUGUUUCACUAUUAAAGGGCAAGAGUACGGUGUGGAAGAGAAGCUGUAUAUCAUACGAAGGUACAUGAAAAUGUCUCAGUCUCAGUUUGACAGCCUAGAAGAUCAUCAAAAAGAGACCUUUCUUGAGCGGCAGCUGUGGAUACGGGAAAACUAUGAGGUCUAUAAACGAGAACAAGAGGAGGAGUUAAAGAAGAAGAUGGCCAUGGAUCCCCGAUGGAAGCGAUACCGGAGGUGGAUGAAGAAUGAAGGACCUGGAAGACUGACUUUUAUUGAUGAUUGAAAAAAGUUGCUGAACAAAAUGUGAGCUUAUGUUGAAAGUGAUUUGCAAAACUUUUCACUACAUCAUUCAGAGUUUUGUCUGCUGUGGCUCAGCAGGGAUCUAAAACUCAGGAAUUAUUAAAUCAGGCCGAAAAAUAAUACAGGUUUACCAUUUUUAUAAAUCAGAUGUAUUAGACUCAGCUUAAUGUAUAUAUGCUGUUUACCUGGGGAUUUCAGUGUGGAAUUCAUUAUUCCAGACAAUGUAUUUUCUCUGCAUUUUUCAUGUUCAUGACCAAUGGAACUGUAACUUUAGUCUUUCUGAAGAUGUUUCUAGAUCAGUCCUUGAAUGUCCUGUUUUUCCUUUUUAAACUGAAGGGUUCUUGUAAAUGGAUACUGGAAAUGUUUGUAAAGGAUUCUGAAGUAAGGGCCAUUUUCUGUUUUCCUCUCUUUCCCCCUACUUUUCAGUCUAAUUUCUAAGAUGCCAAAUGGUUUUUUGGUGUAAACAAUAUGGGGAUUAUACCAGACUUCUUCUUUUUGCUAUUCCUGCUCCAGUUGGAAAUUAAUUUUAUUCUUUGUGGGAAUAAAUGAUGCAUGAUUGA